GGUUACGGAAUUUGCGAAAAUCAAUACGUGUCAAAUUCCAUGUCAACGAACGUCACACCCACUCGCUGUUUCUCGUUCCGAUAAUAACCACUGUACGAUAUCCUGUGAUUGGUUAUCAAAUGAAGCAAAAUAUAUUAUAUAUUUAGUUUGCAGUUCGUUAACAAAAAUAAAACCCAGAAAAAAGCAAACGACUGAUUACAUGUUGACGUUAAAAAGGAAAGUCAAGAAAAUAUAUAAAUCAUCGAACUGAAUGAACAUCGACCCAAGUAAUCAUUGUCUCGUCGCCCUUUCUGGUCUAUGCAAAGUAAACCUGACGAGGUAACGAUUGAUGAUUGGCUCGAAAAAAAAUAAGGUUAAGUCUGUCUAAAGCAAGAUAAAUUGUUAAAUUUACCUUGCCAAAGGAAACUCGUUGAAUAGAAUUUUCACGAAAGGCUCUAGAAAAACAUGUCAAUUUUUCAUGAGAAACGUCUGCGAUUCAGGUUAGGUUUAACAAAACUUCGACUUAACCUUAAGCCGGAGCCGCCCGUGUUUCUGUUACAUAUUCAUGGCGUGAGUGACGAUAGGUUAAGUGCUAAAACUCAGCUUAAACCAGAAGCCAGUUCAAGAAAACUAAAGAUCAGGAAGCUCCUGGAUGAUGACAGAAGCCAGCAGGACAAAAAAGGUACUCCGCACUCUUGUUCUGUUUCCUGUUCUAUGUUUCAAGUGUAUACUGACGCAUUGUGCUGGAGUAUGAACAGCCAAGGCCGUUGACUGUUUACACAACGAAAUUAGAAAGCCACACGAAGUACUUGGCCUUCUUGAAAAAUUACGAUACUCACGAAAUUCAUGCUGCAUGCGUGAACAAGGCUUAAGGAUACCUGACUACUUAGCUACUG